AACUAAGCAACCUCAUUCAUGGCUGCCCCAACUCUCUUCACUCUCCCACUACUAACUCCUCUCUGCUCUUUCUUCACAUUAAUUAACUAACAACCAUCAUCAUUUCUCACCUUAAAGACUUUCACAAUUUUUCUAUUCUUUCUACUUCUACUUCCUUUGGGGUUUUUUCUUGAAUCUACUGACUCAUUACACAUUUGGGUCUAUUUCGGUUUUUGGUUCAAAAACUGGCAAGGAUGAGAGGUGGGGUGUCUCAAAGUUUCAAGCUUUACCUUCUCCAUGUGUUCCUACUGCUGCUUUACCUCCAGGACUCCAGUUGCGGUUCAGUGAAUUCUCUCAAGGGUUCUUUAAACAUGGACAGAAAGGAGGACACUUUGUUGCCUGAGAUCUCCCCAACUGCUUCUCCUCAGCCCUUUCUCCCUCUUUUGGCACCUUCUCCGUGGGCACCUUUUACAAACAGCACUUUACCAAAAUUAUCGGGACUCUGUACGCUGAAAUUUGAUGCUGUGGAAAGAAUGAUGGGUGUGACAUCAAUUGAUUGUGUUGCUCCAUUUGCGGAGUAUCUAGCUAAUGUCAUGUGUUGCCCACAACUUGAAGCAACUCUGGUUAUUCUUAUUGGGCAGUCUAGUAAAUUCACAAAUAUGCUUGCUUUAAAUGGCACAGUUGCAAAGCAUUGCCUUUCAGAUUUUCAGCAAAUUCUGGUGAGCCAGGGUGCCAAUGAUACUUUACAGCACAUAUGCUCUCUCCAUCCAUCAAAUCUGACAGAAGGUUCUUGCCCAGUCAAAGGUGUUCAUGAGUUUGAAACCACAGUGGACUCAUCUAGCCUACUUGCUGCCUGUGGGAAGAUUGACCUUGUGAAUGAGUGCUGUGAGCAAACUUGUCAAAAUGCUAUAUCAGAAGCUGCUAAAAAACUUGCACUAAAAGCAUAUGAUCUUCUGAGCACGGAAAGUGCUGAGGUGCUGACUGACCACUCGACUAGGGUUAAUGAUUGCAGAAGUAUUGUACACCGCUGGCUGGCAAGUAAACUUGACCCUAAUGGUGCAAAAGAUGUUCUUAGGGGACUAUCUAAUUGCAAAAAUAAUAAAGUGUGCCCUCUGGUGUUCCCAAAUACGAGUCAUGUUACAGAAGCUUGUGGAGAUGGAAUGAAUAACCAAACAGCAUGCUGUGAUACCAUUGAGAGCUAUGUCUCCCACUUACAAAGGCAGAGUUUUGUAACCAACUUGCAAGCUUUGGGUUGCGCUGCAUCAUUUGGACUCAAGUUACAGAAAGCCAAUGUGAGCAAAAAUAUAUACAAACUUUGUCACAUUAGCCUCAAGGACUUCUCUGUGCAAGUUGCACCCGAAGUUUCUGGGUGUCUUUUGCCUAGUCUACCAUCAGAUGCUGUACUUGACCAAAGUUCGGGGAUCAGCUUCGUCUGUGAUUUGAACGAUAACAUUCCAGCCCCUUGGCCAUCUCUCUCUCACUUACCAGUUUCCUCAUGCAAUAAAUCUGUGAAAAUUCCUGCACUUCCUGCGGCAGCAUCUGGCCAGCUCAGUCUGAAUAGCUUGAGCAUCGGGUCUCAUCUGCGUCUCUUAGCCUUGACGGCUCUUGGAAGCCUCUUUUAUACUUAAUGCUGCCACUCCUGCUCAAUUAACCUUGAUGGCGAGCAAAUCUUAUGAAAUAAUGAUACAAGUAACGAAUAUAAGUUAAUGGUGCUGAAGGUUCUGAUUUUCCUCAAGUCUAAUGUGUACAAAAGCUGGAAAAUCAUGAUCCAGAGUAAGAAUGCCACUCGGAGAAGAUUACAAGUUUGAGUUUUCCUACCAUAUUUGUUCCUCAUUGUUGCGUAAUAAGAAAAUUUUGUAAAAGUACUUCAGGAGGAGGUUAAAUUCCAUGUAAUUAUUUCCACUUAGAAAUACCAUCUUGUAUUGUAUAUGUUUGAUACUCAAAGUCCUGAAAAAUUAUUGUGUCAUUAACUAAUGCAUUAGGUAGGUAUGUUUUUGUUCGGUCAUUUUUCUUUUGUUUUCAGUUAUGCAUCAGAACUAAUACAAUACCAAAAUUGUACUAUCUAUUUGACUAUUUCUGUUCAGUAGUUAAAGGUAUUGCAAAUUGCAGCACCUUCAAGUCAUAAUGCAUGUAUUCUUAGCUA